AUGGCUUGCUGGUCUGCUGAAAAUGCCACCAAGGCCUAUCUCAAAACCAUGAGAAUGGGAAAGAAUGCUAAAGAGCCAAAUGGAGCAGAGUUCAUCUCAGCCAUGGCAGCAGGGAACAAUGCUCAACUCAUGGUGGUUGCCUGCAGUGGAGCAGCCGACUCCACCGCCCUCGCCCUCCUAGCAGCAGCACAGCAAACCGGAGGGCGCCUCGUCUGCAUUCUCCAAGGCCAGGACGAGCUCCUCUCCUCUGCAGCCGCCCUCGGCCCCAAUGCAGGCAACAUUGACUUCAUCAUAGGAGAUGCCAAGGUGCUCAUCCCGGGCUGCUACAAGGACUCGGACUUCAUUGCCAUUGACUGCAACCUUGAGAACCACGAGGAGAUCAUAGGGGCAGCCGUGCAAGAGGAUGCCAGGGCUCAUGGAAACACAAUUGUGCUCGGCUACAACGCCUUCUGCAGGGAGACGUGGAGGAACAGCCCUCUGCGCACGCAGCUGCUGCCCAUCGGAGAAGGACUGCUGCUUACAAGAGUAGUGCCGCCUGCUGCCAAGAGGAGUAAGAGCAACUGGAUUGUGAAGGUGGAUAAGUGCACCGGUGAAGAACAUGUCUUCCGAGUCAGAUCCUCUGUGGGGAGAUUCAUCAGAGCCUGA